AUGGCCUCGGGACCACCUCGUCCGCUGGAGCUGGGCUUGCCAGACAGCCUGAGCAUUCCGACUGUGGGAGGCCCAGCUUCCACGGACCUUCUGUCACCGCGCAUACCGUCAGCCUCCGGUGCGAAAGGGCUCAACAACCCUCUUACAUCAAAAGUCACCAGCGUCUUGUCGGCGUCAUAUACAAAUGCAGACUUCCGCGAUUCAUUAGCGCUGCUCGACGAACGGGGGGUACACAACACUGCCGAAACGCGGCGGCGUAUGCGACUUGAUAUCCAGAAAGAAGUCAUCGACAGCAAUGGCGAAGUGAUUGCCGAGUUUGGCCGCGUGGCUGAGCAACUUCGCCGGAUAGGAGGCACCAUUGACAAACUCAACAAGACUUACGAUGCAAUGAAAACAGAAAUUAGUUCUGCUCACAGUGUAACGGAUCCCGUGUUAGAAGAGGCGUCUACACUGAUCGACCAGCGCCGCAAUAUAGAGACUCAGCGCCGGCUACUCACAGCUUUUGUCAGCCACUUCGUGCUCAGUGAAGACGAGAUUGCCGUUUUGACACAGACGGUCGAGCCUGUCGAUGACCCCUUUUUUGCCAUUUUGAAGAAGGCCAAAAAGAUCCUCAAGGACUGUGAGGUGCUGCUUGGUUUCGAGGACAACCAGUCUCUCGGCUCCGAGAUCAUGGGACAGACUUCCAAGAACAUCAAUAACGGCUACCAAAAGCUUUACAAGUGGGUGCAGCGCGAAUUCAAGAACCUCAAUCUUGAGAACCACCAGAUUGGUGCAACAAUGAGCCGGGCGUUGCGUGUCCUUGCCGAGCGACCGUCACUGUUCCAGAGCUGCCUUGACUUGUUUUCCGAGGCCCGUGAGAGUAUCUUGUCGGAUGCAUUUUUUGUCGCACUUACCGGCAGCGACGAGUCCAGUAAAAAGAACGGCGACAGCAGUGGCCGUCACGGCGUGAAGCCGAUUGAGAUGGCCGCCCACGAUCCUUUACGCUACGCUGGUGACAUGCUGGCCUGGACUCAUUCGGCCACGGUUAGUGAACGCGAGGCGCUUGAGUCAUUGUUUGUGGCCGAUGGUGAGCUCGCCCGUGGCCUCAAGGAAGGGCAUGAAAACGAAGUGUGGCAUCUUGCGGAUGACGGGGGCGAUGAGGGUACGGACGUUUUCGAUCCGGUCAAGGCCCUCAACGAGCUAGUCGACCGUGACAUGGCCGGUGUCGCUCGUCUCCUGCGGCAGCGUACGCAACAAGUUAUCCAGACAAACGAAGAUACUAUCUUGGCUUUCAAACUGGCCAAUCUCUUGAACUUUUACCACCUCACCUUUGCAAAGCUCCUUAGCAGAGGCGACGGGGGCGGCGCCAAUGGCAGCGUCAGCGGACCAGGCAGUAGGGAAGGUGACAGUGGCGAUUCAGGUCUUGUCGAAACGCUGGGCGGCCUCGAAACCGAAGCUUUGCGCCACUUCCGUUCGCUCGUCCGUGAUCGCGUGGCCACGCUGCACGGCGAGUUCGCACACGCCCCGUCCGACUCGGCACUGCCCGAGUUCCUUCAAGACAGCCUUGAGCAGCUUGUCGCAAUUAUGAAAACCUACGAUACGUCCCUGGCGUCCCCCGACAGCCGCGAAUCGGGCUUCGCACCCAUUCUAACUGAGGCCCUUGACCCUUUCCUCAGCGGCUGCGAAGAGAUGGCUGCAAAGGCUGCGUCCCCUGUAGACAGCCUGAUAUUCAUGAUCAAUUGCCUAUCGGCUGCCCGUGAGACGCUGUCGGCAUACGAUUUCACCAGCACCCGCGUUUCUGAGCUGCAGUCGGCCAUUGACAACAAAGCGGCAGCCCUUGCCGACAACCAGUAUGGAUUCUUCUGCGAACAAUCAGGCGUGGAAUCUCUCUUCGGCGCCCUUGGACCACUCGCGCCCGACAGCAAGACCGAUUUACAAAAAGCAGUCAAACUCGAUUUGCUGCAACCACAGGCUCUUACAUUGGCGAGCCAACGCCUUGACGACUUCCUGCCGUCUGCCUUGAUGGACGCGGUCGAGAACCUGAAGCCACUUCAAGACCCUCGACUGGCCCGACAGCUGACCGAAGAAGCUGCCGAGAAGUUCUGUGUCAAUUUUGAACACGUGGAGGCGAUUCUCGACGCUGCAGAUGAGAUGGUGUUGGAUGGGAACGCAGAAAAAAAUCCUGAAACAACGCUGCGUGACCUGUUUCCACGGACGACACUCGAGAUACGCGUGUUACUAUCGUGA